GCCACGCACAGAAAGACGCCUGGAUCCCUUGGGAGGAGUCGAGGGGCAGAGUCUGGGGGCCUCUUCCGCCAGCCCGGGAGGAAGACCGAGGAGGGGCGGGCUGGUCACGGGAGCGCGGGGCGGGCUGCAGGCGCUCGGCCGCGGCCGGCGAGGGAGCGCGCGCGGCGGGCGGCGGGGCGCGGCAUGGAGCCCACCGCAGACUGGCUGGCCGCGGCCGCCGCCCGGGGUCGGUGCGAGGAGGUGCGGGCGCUGCUGGAGGCGGGGGCGCCUCCCAACGCGCCGAACCGUUACGGCCGGACCCCGAUUCAGGUCAUGAUGAUGGGCAACGCCCGUGUGGCCCAGCUGCUGCUGCUCCACGGCGCGGAGCCCAAUUGCGCGGACCCCGCCACCCUCACCCGACCUGUGCACGACGCCGCCCGCGAGGGCUUCCUGGACACGCUGGUGGCGCUGCACCGGGCCGGAGCGCGGCUGGAUGUGCGCGACGCCUGGGGCCGCCUGCCCGUGGACCUGGCUGAGGAGCGAGGCCACCGCGACGUCGCACGGUACCUGCGCGCGGCCCUGGGGGACACAGAAGGCGGCAACCAAGCUGCGGAAGGCCCCCCAGACAGCCCCGACCUAAAGAAUCUUUGAGACCGUGAAGAUGGUGACUCUUCCACCUCAAAGAACUGCUCCCACCUGAUCCUUCCCUGCCUUCUUAGUUGCAACUUACAUUACAAAGUAGAAAUUGUUUUUUAGAAAAUUUGAACUGCUUUUUUAGAUUGAUCAGCAUUCCCCCUCCCCUAAAUCCCCAUUUGUACAUUGUUAUAAAAGAUGAAAAAAAAAAAAAAAACAUUGUUUCUACCUUUUCUUUGGGUUGAAGUUUUGGGGAGUGAGUGCUCGCAGCCUAAGCACACAUGUAUGUGGACACUUCCUCUUGGGAGCCUCCCGCGCCUGGAGCUGUUGGCCUUAUUACAGCCAUUUUGUGAACUGGGAAAGCUCAGAGGAGUUACUUGGCUUUCCUGGAGUCAAGCUGCUGGCAAAUGGCAGAGCCAAGGCUGGAAUGCAAAAGUUUUCACUCAUUCUCACAUUUAUUCAGUCAACAUUUUUUGAGCACCCAUUAUGGCACUGUGCUAGGGG